CAGGCAACAUUCGGAACUGGUGAUAAACAUUCCCUUUCGUGCAGUUGCUCAUUACCCUAUCAGCCUUUGCACUUCCUACAACUAUUCACAUUUCGUUGAAGACAUCGCACAUUCCACAGCAACCACCAUGGCGGAAUCCGCGCCUGAAAAGAAAGUGAAGCUUGAGCCACAAAUCAAGUCCGUCGAUAUGAGCGAGGACAUGCAACAAGAGGCCAUCGAAGUUGCACAAGAAGCGAUGGAAAAGUUUACUAUCGAGAAGGACAUUGCCCAACACAUCAAAAGAGAGUUCGACUCGAAAAAGGGUGCUACCUGGCAUUGCAUAGUCGGCCGGAAUUUUGGGAGCUUCGUCACACACGAGACGAAGCACUUCAUCUACUUCUACCUUGGCCAUGUUGCCAUUCUGUUGUUCAAGACACAAUGAUUGAAGCAGUUUAGCGACAUUGGCGUGGACACGAGAGCGUUAAUUCCACAUGGUGCUACGUCCCCAAGCAAGCGAUCAUGCAAGGUAAUGGGCAAUUGGGAGAAUGGUGCGAUGGGAUGGUCGAUUGAUAUGCUGGUGUACAAUGCAUUCUGAACAUAUGCUGAAUGGACUGCCACUGUGUUAUGAAAUGAAAACUUGUGUGCACCUCCGUCCGGCACUUCUAUGACCUUCCGAGCGCGUCGUUCACUGCGUACAUAUACGUACUAUCAGUAUAUGCAAUUGAGAACGUGUCAUCGCAAGGCUGUGACUUCAGGCGUCGGGCUGCAUUCUUUUGUUUGUGGUGGGGGGGAUUUCCCCGAGAAUCUGUGGCAAUGAUUCGCCGAGUGACGAAUGCUGCCCUUAGAGUUUCGCAUCAUCAGCUCGUCACCCUUCUUGUUGCGCCGCGCCA